AUCUUUCAAAGUAAUUUGACCCCUUGUUUUGAUUAUGUUCUCUCUCCUCUAAAUAUAAUAGACUCUUACACUGAGACUGAACAAGAGCAAGCAACAAAUGCUCUCUCUUCUUUCAGUUUGUAUUUUCUAAGAAGACAAAGCAAGCCAUCUCAAUCUUGAAUCCUCCAUCAGAUCUCCCUGCGAAUGCUGCUGCCCAAGAAAACAACCCAAACCCAAAACGCACCCACAACGCAGAAAACGGCGUCGUAUGCAACCCCCAAAUGAAGUGCAAGAAACAUACCUCUGACCUUAGCAGCACCGUUGGCGUCUGCGCCUCCUGUCUAAGGGAACGCCUCAUAGCCCUCGUCGCCGCCCGAGUCAUCUCACGCGCCUCCGACGAAUAUUCCAGAAACUCAGACCCUAACCCUCCGCCACCGUUAAUCUUCCCUCGCUCCGUUUCGCCCUACGUCUCUCGCCGGAAGCCCGACUACGCCGCCGCCUGGCACGACGACCGCCGCGACAGGCUCUUCUACAGCACUCCGCAGCUCGGUCCCACCUUCUGCGCCGGCGAUUCCGCCUACCACGCCGACGCGAAGUCGUUCAAGAAACGCUUCAACAAGUUCCGCAUAUUCGCGAAGAUCUUCAGGACCAGAUCGGAGAAGUUCCAGUCGGAUCCGUCGUGCGAGCAAGCCUCGUACGCAUCGCCGUCGUGGUUCUCGGCGUUUUUUCCCACGCGCCGGAGGAACAAGGAUCGGACCGGAACGACGGAGGAAUAUUCCUCCUCCGCCCCGCGGCGGCGGUACCGCCCGUCGGAUCGCGGAAUGUCGCCGGUGACGACCGAGGAUUUCGGCGACGAGUGCGAUCAGUCACCAUCGGGAAGCGGAUACGUCUCAGAGGCUUCGCCGUGGUGGCGGAGAUCGCCGACGGUGGCGCCGUCGGCGCGGCGGUCGAGGUUAGGGCACACGAAGAGCUCGUCUGGUUCGGGUAUGGCGCUUUGGCUGAGUCCUCUAGUUCGGGCGAGUCCGAACCGGAGGUGGAACCACAAGGGAUUGCCGCCGGAGAUGGCGGCAGCGGCGGAGGUCAGAGCCGCGGCGGCGAAGCCUCAUCUCUCCGCCGCGGCGUCGUUUUGCGCCAACCGUUCCAGGAAGCUUGCGGAUUUUGGACGAGUCAACAACCAUAACCGUUGAUUUUGUAUGACCCGACCCGACCCGACCCGGUGAUGUUUCAUCCUUUUGUUUCCGGUUUUAUGAACAUUCUUCAUUUCAUUUCUUCAGCGUAAAGGGAAAAAAAAAAAAAAGAAGAAGAAGAAAAACAGAUUUUUUUAAAAAAAUUCUCUUUGUACACAAAGUGUUCACUAUAUGAAAACACAAAGUCUAGUUUUAUUUUAAUUUUAAUUUUUACAGAUAUACUAGUUGACAUUGGUGUGAUUUUGCAGUUACAUGUAUUUGAUGUGAUGUUACAUUGACUUUAAUUGUUUGGCAAAUGUGUAUGGGAUUAAUGUCCUUAGGAAUUUGUUCCUAUACAUUUAUUUCACAAUGCUGGAUUAAGACUAUUGCAUCCUUCAUUAUU